AUGGAUGUGCUGGCCAAUGCCACCAGCUUUGUCUCUCCCCUCGCCAAUGCCAACUCCAAGAUUCAGGCCGUCCGCGCCUCAGGGUUCGUGGGAAGGAUUGUAGAAUCCCUCAACAUCUGGACCGUCUUGUUGACCGUCCUGUUGAUCUUGGUGACUUAUGAUCAAUACAGUUACCAAUGGCGCAAACAUGGGAUCGUGGGACCGUCAUGGAAGAUGCCCUUUAUUGGACCUUUCCUGGAAUCCGUCCACCCAGAUUUCUACAAGUACAAGCAGAAGUGGGAGAGUGGUGAUCUGAGCUGUGUGUCGGUCUUUCACAAGUUCGUGGUGAUUGCCUCGACGCGCGACAUGGCUCGAAAAGUGUUCAACUCGCCCGCCUUCCUCAAACCCACCGUGGUCGAUGUGGCGCCCAAACUCCUGCGGCCGACCAACUGGGUCUUUUUGGACGGGAGGGAGCAUGUGGAAUACCGCAAGGGUUUGAACGGACUGUUCACCCGUCAAGCACUGGAAGUCUACCUGCCGGGUCAAGAGGAUGUGUACAACCGAUACUUCAAGAACUUCGUGGCCAUGUCCAAGGAGAACGGCAUGAAACCCAAGCCCUGGAUGCCCGUCUUCCGCGAACUCAUGUGCGCCGUGUCAUGCCGGACGUUCGUUGGCCAUUACAUGAGCGACGCGAUCGUCAAGCGAAUCGCGCACGACUACUACCUCAUUACGGCCGCGAUGGAACUGGUCAAUUUCCCCAUCAUCCUUCCCUACACCAAGACGUGGUACGGCAAGAAGGCCGCCGACAUGGCGCUGGACGAGUUCGCCAAGUGUGCGGCCAAAUGCAAGGUGCGCAUGGCCGCGGGCGGCGACGUCACCUGCAUCAUGGACGCCUGGGUCAAGCAAAUGAUGGAUUCGGAGAAGUACCGCGAAAGGGUGGCCCGGGGCGAGACGGUGGACCAGUCGGAAAAGCCGCCUCAGCUGCUUCGAGACUUCACCGAUUUCGAGAUUGCCCAGACGGUCUUCACCUUCCUCUUCGCCUCGCAAGACGCCACGUCGAGCGCGUGCACGUGGCUGUUCCAGAUCAUGGCGGACCGACCGGAGAUUCUGGACAAGGUGCGCGAGGAGAACCUGCGGCUACGCGGCGGCGACCGAAACAAGCCGUUCGACAUGGACAUGCUGGAAGCCAUGGUCUGGACCCGGGCCGUGGUCAAGGAGACUCUGCGAUACCGACCCCCAGUCAUUUUCGUGCCGUAUGUCGCCAAGAAGGAUUUCCCCGUGUCGGAGAACUACACACUGCCCAAGGGCUCCAUGAUCAUCCCGGCCAUCUGGCCCGCCACUCACGAUCCCGAGGCGUAUCCCAACCCGGACAGUUUCGAGCCCGAACGAUGGAUCACCGGCGACGCGGACAAGCAGGUCAAGAACUGGUUGGUCUUUGGCACCGGUCCUCAUUACUGUCUGGGCCAGACGUAUGCCCAGCUGAACCUGAUGGCCAUGAUUGGCAAGGCUAGUAUCUUGCUGGACUGGGUGCACGAGCCGACGCCGCUGAGUGAGUCGAUCGAGGUGUUUGCCACCAUUUUCCCCCAGGAUCAUUGCAAAUUGGCGUUUUCCGAGCGACCAUAG